UAGUGUUCAGAACCUCUUGAUUCUGGUUAUAUUCCGACUUCGGUCCGUAGUCUCUGCCAUGGACAAUAGCAGUGCAGGCAGGAAUAGCCAUCCUUCCUUUGAUCAACCCAGUCAGAGUGAUGGAGCAGCAAGCAGCUACACUCACAACGCUUCGGUUCAACAGGACCAAUCACACAGCUCAGAAACAGGACGACAACGUCUCCAGCCGCAUCAUAUUCCAAGUUUACCUGGAAUGCCACAAAGUCGUCAUGAGCUCAGGGAGCCACUACCACAAAGCACCUUACUUGGUCAGCUACCGUCACUGAAAGAACCUGAUAACUCAGCGACACCAUUUCCCUUCCGCCCACUCCUUGAGCCCAACCUACCCAACAGCUUGGGUGAUGCAACAAUCUCGCCGUCAUCGUCACAAGUCUCUACCGGCACGGGAUGCAUUGCAAAUACAGGAUUACCUCAUGAUGUGUUAGCCUCUUCGAGUGGAAGUAAUGUGUUGCUAUCACCAUCACCAGCAAGAGACCCGCAACGAGAACAACAACAUCUCCAUACGCCGCAACUCCGGAGCUCACCGGAAAUGCUACCAAAUCAACACGACCUCAACGAGCCACUACCACAGAGUAACUUACUUGGACUGCAGCUGUCGACUAAAGAACCUGCAAAAUCUGCCAAAGCCAAACUAGUCUGCCCGGAAUGCAAAAGGAGUUGCUCAUAUCCGUCGGACCUGAAAAGACACAUGAGAGUGCACACCGGUGAAAAGCCAUAUCGUUGCACAGAUUGUGGACAAGCCUUCUCGCGGAAGAGUGAUCUAACUGUACACAUCCGAAAACACGCUGGGGAGAAGCCAUAAUAUCAUUGCGACAGAUGCAAAAAACGUUUUUCUGACCCAUCAGUACUAACCGUCCACAAGAGAACACACACAGGUGAGAAACCGUAUAAGUGUACAAUCCCGGGCUGUGAACAGGCAUUCUCACAGUCCUCCAGCCGCAACCUGCAUGUGCUUCGCCACAAGGCGAAUGUCAAGAAGCAAACCCAACCUGCCAGUGGAUGCAACUAAACAGGCACUGCUCUAUUGGACCAGCAUCUCCAGUUGAAACACGACAAUGUCGGUAGGAGCACCAAAUCAGAAGAUAACAGCGCCAGGAAAUGAUGUUAUAGGGUGUACGUUUUUGGAAACAUGAUUUCUGUGUUGGCGUGCAAUGUGUGGAAUUUGAGCAAUAGAAUGAUCUGACAAGUGUGUGUGUGUGUACAAGUAGUAUCCUGGACUAAACUGCAUUUGCUGCUGCACCCAUCCUAACACCCUCCGCUAUCAACACCCUCACGUCUUUGAUAUAUAUAUUAUUGCAAAACAGUAUAUGUACAGGGUACUAUAUUGGUUUUUGGAAUGUUCGAUUUAAUUCUCCCUGUCUCCUGCCUCGCGUUUAGUUUUUAGUCGCAUUCUUGGUUUGCCGAGUUUUGCUACAAUGUUACCUUGUUGGUUUGUGGCUUUUCUCUUUUGCUGUGUUUCCUGUUGCUACAUGUUGCUGUUGUGUAUGUGGAACGUUUUGGUCGUUUAUUCCAUGUA